GACCUGAUCUUAGCCAUCAGCCAUGAAGAGAUCUCCGAAGACGUCUUCCAUUUCGAAGUCGACUCCAAGAAGCUUCGAUCCAAUUCCCCGUACUUUGAGAAUCUCCUGCAUCCGUCCAAGUUCAGCGAAGGACGCCGUUUGGCACACCAUGGACGAGAUGGCAGCGAGGGCGAUGCGCUCCCGGUCAUUGAGAUUCAUCAUAUUGGGAACGUCGAAUUAUCCAACCCCGCCAACCUUCCGCUACUCAUCAAGGACUUCCUCUCCGUCAUUCACGACGUUUCCCUAGACCAGUGGGCGUCCAUGCCGCUCACCAAUAUGGCCAAUCUGCUGGUCGUGGCCGACAUGUUUGACGCUCUUCCUCCAUUCCAAAGAAAGUCCCCGAUCGGCCGAGUGCUCGAUCGCGUGGUGACCAAGGCGCUUUCGAAAAACAUCGCGCGGGCGACGGAAUCGACGAUACGCAAGAUAUUAUUCGUGGGGCUCCUGGGCCAGCAGAGCCGAUGCGUCAUGGUGGCGAGUAAAUGGUUGAUUACCAGAGGUUCGGAAUGUUGGAAUGACGAGAACGAGGUCGUUGACGAGAAUCGCGGACCGUGGUGGAGGCUUCCGGGGAGGAUGGAAGAAGAACUCAUGUUCCGGAGGCAGAUGGUCGCGGAGACGUUGGAUUCCAUCCCGGUCCAUUUCAUAAAACUCUAUUCCUCCGGCGACCGACAAUGCCGGCUCGGAUACGAUUCCUCGGCGCAGUGCGACAGCUAUCAACUUGGCGAGAUGGUCCGCUUCUUCGAACGCAGUCGCCUCGUCUCCAUCACCGGCAGUCUGACGCCGACCCUCCCUUCAAAAGACUAUCCCGUCAGCCGAGAUAUGAACAUCGUCCUCGAAAACCUAAGGAAAGCACCCGAAUACCAGAUCAACCAGCACCAUUCCCAUUGCGGGCUGCGCACCCGUCUGUUGCCCCUCAUCACCCGGAUCCUGAGCCAUGCCAUUUCUAUAGAAUCUACGGGGGCGUCCUGUGGGAUUUGUCUCGGUUGCUGGCUCACUAAGAGAGACGCAUACGCCUGGACGGAGGCAAAACGUCCUGUUUCUUGGAUUCCCUCGGGCGGCACAAUGUCCUCGAGUAGAAAGUCAUGCCUCGAGAUAGAUGAGCUGUUGCGCGACAUGUUUUUGGCUGUGGACCGCGUCUGGACG